AUGGACGUUUUAAACGGCUACGGAUCUUCGGCGUCUGAUGAGGACGGAGAAAUUGUGGAAACUGCUAUCCACAAGCCAAAAGUUAACUUACCCUUGGUAAAUUUGGCUCCAUCGGUGUUUGAAUCUACUCCUAAAACUUCAGCUGUUGUUGUGUUUGAUGAAAAGAGCCGGGAACUAUCGUGUAAUCCAAGGUACGAAGAAUUGUUUCAGCCUGAAGUAAGUUUUUUUCGAAUAUUUUCCAAAAAUAAGUAACUAAAAAAUUAGGUAACUUUUACUCAAAAAUUUGGUUUCAGGCUGGACCAAGUAAUCCAUUUAAAAGCAAGAAACAGUUAGCCAAGAAGAACACUUUGGCUGGAUUUGUGGAGAAAGCUCAUGUAGACCAAUUUCACUUUGACAGAGCUUUGAGAUCGUAUGAUACGUUAGGCUAUGCACAAGAUCCCUCGGCCGAAGCUGGAAACAAAUUCACUGGAGACGUCAACAAAGCUACAGAAGAGAAUGGAGCCAGUUUGUUUGAAUCUAAGAAGACAGGAGGAGAGAAACGAAGAAGAAUGGUGAAUUACGAUGCUGCUGACGUCGAUGGCUACACUGGACCGUGGGCCAUCUACAAGGACGAGAAGACUGUAGCCAAGCCAGACGCAGGGUUACAGAAGGAGAUGGAUGAGAUUGUCAGGAAGCGAAAGCUGAAGUCUAGAGCUGGCAGAAAGGCGGCUCAAGAUCAAGAACAUAUGAUUGAAGAGAUCACUACAUUACACAGUAAGUUUCAUAUUGUAAUAUUUGUUAUUGUUUUAGUCAAAGACGACGAAGAGUUCAAGAACAGAUCUUUCAUGGAGGUACCCAAGUUUACUGGUACUAACUUGCGGCCUGACUUUGUACCUUCUAAAUGUUAUGCACCUACCAAACAGGCUCAUACCUACAAGAGUCAUACUAAAGCUGUCAACGCUAUCAGAUGGUUCCCGAAGAGCGGACACAUGUUUUUGUCUGCUUCUAUGGAUUCUAAGGUAUGUUUUGUUAUAUGUAAAGUUGUGUUUUACAUUUGUAUAUUAAAGAUCAGGGUUUUUGCUAUUUUAUGUUAUAACUGACAUUUAUUUUUUUUUAAUUUUAGGUAAAAUUAUGGGAAGUUUACGGUAAUAGGAAGCUAAUUCGAACAUACGCUGGUCACAAACUGCCGGUGAAAGAUGUGUGUUUCAACAAUGAUGGAACAGAGUUUAUAUCAGCUUCUUUCGACAAUUACAUGAAGUUAUGGGACACAGAAACUGGUCAAGUAAAGCAACGUUUCCACACAGGACAUCGACCAUUUUGUGUCAAGUUCAAUCCUGAUGAAGAUAAACAGUUUAACUUCUUGUCAGGUAUGCAGAACAAGAAAGUAUUACAAUGGGACACGAGGACAGGCGAGAUUGAACAGGAGUAUGAUAGACAUCUGGGACCAGUCAAUUCGAUCACUUUCUUUGAUCAGAACAGAAGGUUCUGCACGACUUCUGAUGACAAGUCUAUUCGUAUCUGGGAAUGGUAUGUUAACUUUAUUAUUUAGGAGGUGAAAUUUAAUUUUGUUUUACUAAUGUUUUAUGAUAUUGAUAAUAUCGUGUUUUAGGGGAAUUCCUGUUGACACAAAGCUUAUUCAAAACUCUGGGUUACAUUCAAUUCCGGUGAUGACAAAGGCUCCUACUGGUAAGUAGUACAUAUUUUAUUUAUUACGAAAGAUAUAUGUUUAUAUAGUUUAUGUUAUGAAUGAGCGACAUGUUAAUUUAAAAUAAUUUUUUAAUCUAACAUUGUUGUAGACAAAUGGAUUGUGGGACAAUGUAUGGAUAACAGAGUUGUGCUUUUCCAAUUGACAGAUGACAAACUGAGAUUCGCACGAAAGAAGGCUUUCAAAGGUCACAACGUGGCUGGCUACGCUUGUUCUCCAGACUUUUCGCCCGAUAUGAGGUAAGCCUACUAGUUUUAUGGCGAAUAAUUUAUAAUUUUAUGUUAUUUAUUAUUAUUUUCUUUAAAAACUUUAAGUAUAAUAUUUGUUUUAGCUACCUUGCUUCUGGAGACUCUCAAGGAAAAGUGUUCAUUUGGGACUGGAGGACACACAAGAUCGUGGCCAGAUGGGCAGCUCACGAAAAUGUUUGUAUUUCAGUUUUGUGGCAUCCUCACGAACCGUCGAGGAUGUUGUCAGCUGGCUGGGAUGGUCUGAUUAAGAUGUGGAUUUGA